AUGGAGGCGAUCGCCACUCAGAUGGGAAAUGGGAGAGAUGGAAGCUCCUCCCCAAAUUCAAAGCAAGAGCUGCAGCCGUACCAGGGCUCCAAUACCCUCAAGCCCAACCAAGUGGGUGAGACCUCUCUGUACGGCGUGCCCAUCGUGUCCCUGGUCAUCGACGGGCAGGAGCGGCUGUGCCUGGCGCAGAUCUCCAACACGCUGCUCAAGAACUACAGCUACAAUGAGAUCCACAACCGGCGGGUGGCCCUGGGCAUCACCUGCGUGCAGUGCACGCCGGUGCAGCUGGAGAUCCUGCGGCGGGCCGGGGCCAUGCCCAUCUCCUCCCGUCGCUGCGGCAUGAUCACCAAGCGGGAGGCGGAGCGGCUCUGCAAGUCCUUCCUGGGCGAGCACAAGCCGCCCAAGCUGCCCGAGAACUUCGCCUUCGACGUGGUGCACGAGUGCGCCUGGGGCUCCCGGGGCAGCUUCAUCCCGGCCCGUUACAACAGCUCCCGUGCCAAGUGCAUCAAGUGCAGCUACUGCAGCAUGUACUUCUCCCCCAACAAGUUCAUCUUCCACUCCCACCGCACCCCGGACUCCAAAUACACCCAACCCGACGCCGCCAACUUCAACUCCUGGCGCCGUCACCUCAAGCUCAGCGACAAAACGGCCACGGAGGAGCUGUCUCACGCCUGGGAGGAUGUCAAGGCCAUGUUCAACGGCGGCACCCGCAAACGGACCUUCUCCCUGCAAGGGGCGGCCGCCGCCGGGCCCGGUGCCGGCUCCCCGGCCGCCAAGGCCGCGCUGCACCCUCCGCCGCCCGCCGGCCCCGAGCUGGCCCCGGCGCACAAGAGCCUCCGGUGCAGCGGGCAGGAGCCGGGGGGCGACCGAGGGGCGCUGGGGCUGCCGGCGGCUCACGGUGGGGCUGCGGGGGCGCACGGUGGGGCGGGCGCGGUGCGCAGCUACCCGGUGAUCCCGGUGCCCAGCAAGGGCUUCGGGAUGCUGCAGAAGCUGCCGCCGCCGCUCUUCCCGCACCCUUACGGCUUCCCUGCCGCCGCUUUCGGACUCUGCCCCAAGAAGCAGGAGGAUGCGUUGGGAGGCGCUGGGGGAGGCGAGGCCGGCAAGGGCGGAGCGCUGCCCCCCGGUAUGUUCUGGGGCCCCCCGCACCCGCACCCGCACCAACCGGCGCAGCCGCCGCACCAGCCCGGGGCCGCCAAGGACUCCGGUGUCUACCCCUCGUUCCCCGUGUUCUGGCCGGCCGCAGGCAGCCUCCCGGUGCCGCCGUACCCGGCGCAGAGCCAGGCCAAGGCGGCGGCCACGGCCGUGGUGGUGGCUGCGGCAGCGGCGGCGGCGGCGGCAGCGGCAGAGCCUCCGGGGCUGUCGGGCCGGCACGGAGAGCUGGAGGGCUCGGAGCCGUCGGGCAGCGGCAGGAGCAGCGCUACCCCGCAGGAAGGCACCGGGGCCGAGGGCGAGCGCUGCCCCAGUGCGUUGUCACGGGCGGCGGGCGAGGAGGAGCGCUCCGGGGACGAGGCGCUGCUCGCCCCGCUGCCCCUGCCCAGGAAGGGCAGUUACCUCUCCGCCUUCCGCCCCGUGGUGAAGGACGCCGAGAGCAUCGCUAAGCUCUACGGCACCCGGGAUGCGUACGGAGGAGCGGCGCCCCGCGGCCCCGGGUACCUGUCCCCGGACUUCCUCAGCGAGGGCAGCUCCAGCUACCGCUCGCUCUCACCCGGGGGGGACACGGCCGAGGAGCCCGAGGUGGACGUGGAGUCCAACCGGUUCCCGGAGGACGAGGAGGAGGACAGCGCCUCGGUACCCCACGACGGACGGGACCCGCCGCCGCCCCGGCUCUUGGCCGGUACCGAGGAGCCGCCGCCGAGCGCCGAUGGGCCCGAGGAGAAGGCGGCCGAGCCGGUGGCACAGGAGAACGGGCAGGCCCCAGACGGCAGCCCCGAGCGGAGCAGCAGCAGCGGCGGCUACGAGGUGUUCGCUCCGGACCGGGGGGAGCAUCUGCAGCCGCUGAAGUCCUCCGCAGCGCUGGGAGCCCCGGCCGCGUUCCUGUGCCCCCCCGACGCGAAGGAGCAAGAUAAAGAAGACAAUCACUCCGCGGCAGAGGAUUUAGAGACCAGAAAAUCCUAUCAGGACCAAAGGAAUGUCUCUCAUCCCAGCCCUGUAAAUACCGACAGAGGAGAGGACACCCUCGGCAUGGAUGUCCCCGGGACGCAGCUGGUGGAGAAGGACAUCGAAAACCUGGCCCGAGAUGAGUUACAAAAACUGGUCCUGGAGCAAAUGGAGCUGAGGAAGAAGCUGGAGAGGGACUUCCAGAGCCUGAAAGAUAACUUCCAGGACCAGAUGAAGCGGGAGCUGGCGUACCGGGAGGAGAUGGUGCAGCAGCUCCAGAUCGUCCGAGACACGCUGUGCAACGAGCUGGACCAGGAGAGGAAAGCGCGUUACGCCAUCCAGCAGAAGUUGAAAGAGGCCCACGAUGCUCUGCAUCACUUCUCCUGCAAAAUGCUGACCCCGCGGCACUGCACGGGGAACUGCUCCUUCAAGCCGCCGCUGCUGCCCCAGUGA